CAGCGGCGGCGGCGGCGGCGGCUCCCUGGUCCAGCCGGGCUAAGGCGGGAGGGCGGCUCGCCCCGCCGUCGGCUCCGAGUCCCCCGCUAUGGUGAAGAAUGCUGGCGCCGCACCAUGAAGCUCCUGCGGCAGGCUCCUCCGCAGCCCGCCCGGAACGCCGCCCCGCUCGCCUGCCUAGCCUACCUCGUGGCGCAAGCGUGGCUGGUGGCGUGCGCCGUGGCGGCCAGGCCCGGGCCGCAGAGCUGCCCCUCCGUCUGCUCCUGCAGUAACCAGCUGAGCAAGGUGGUCUGCACGCGGCGCGGGCUGGCCGAGGUGCCCCCCGGCAUCCCCUCCGGCACGCGCUACCUGAACCUGAUGGAGAACGGCAUCAAGGUGAUCCAGGCGGACACCUUCCGCCACCUGCACCACCUGGAGGUGCUCCAGCUGGGGCGCAACGCCAUCCGGCAGAUCGAGGUGGGGGCCUUCAACGGGCUGGCCAGCCUGAACACCCUGGAGCUCUUCGACAACUGGCUGACGGUGGUGCCCAGCGGGGCCUUCGAGUACCUCUCCAAGCUGCGGGAGCUCUGGCUGCGCAACAACCCCAUCGAGAGCAUCUCGUCCUACGCCUUCAACCGCGUCCCCUCCCUCAUGCGCCUGGACCUGGGCGAGCUCAAGAAGCUCAAGUACAUCUCCGAGGGGGCCUUCGAGGGGCUCUACAACCUCAAGUACCUGAACCUGGGCAUGUGCGCCAUCCGGGAGAUGCCCAACCUCUCCCCUCUGGUGGGGCUGGAGGAGCUGGAGAUGUCCGGCAACACCUUCCUGGCCAUUAAGCCCGGGGCCUUCCACGGACUGAAGUCGCUCAAAAAGCUGUGGAUUAUGAGCGCCCAGAUCGGCGCCAUUGAGCGCAACGCCUUCGACGACCUGACGGCGCUGGUGGAGCUCAACCUGGCGCACAACAACCUCACCUCUCUGCCCCACGACCUCUUCGCCCCUCUGAGGUACCUGGUGGAGCUGCACUUGCACCACAACCCCUGGAACUGCGACUGCGACAUCUUGUGGCUGUCUUGGUGGCUCCGGGAGUAUAUCCCCACCAACUCCUCUUGCUGCGGGCGCUGCCACGCCCCCACGCACAUGCGGGGAAAGUUCCUGGUGGAAGUGGACCAGACGGCCUUCCAGUGCUCGGCCCCCUUCAUCCUGGACGCCCCUCGGGACCUCAACAUCUCCGAGGGGAGGGUGGCCGAGCUCAAGUGCCGGACCCCGGCCAUGUCCUCCGUGCGGUGGCUGCUGCCCAACGGGACGGUGCUGAGCCACGCCUCCAACCACCCCCGAAUCUCCGUCCUCAACGACGGCACCCUGAACUUCUCCCAGGUCCUCCUCACGGACACGGGGACGUACACCUGCAUGGUGACCAACGUGGCAGGGCACUCCAACGCCUCGGCCUACCUCAACGUGAGCACGGCUGAGCUCAACACGUCCAACUACAGCUUCUUCACCACGGUCACGGUGGAGACCACGGAGACGUCGCCCGAGAACCUCUUCCCCAAGUUCACCAAGCCGGUGCCGACCGCCUCCACGGGCUACCAGCCGGCCUACACCACCACCACCACCGUGCUCGUCCAGACGACCAAGACGCCCCGGCAGGACGCCACCCUGGACGGCAACGACAAGAUGCAGACCAGCCUGGACGAGGUGAUGAAGACCACCAAGAUCAUCAUCGGCUGCUUUGUGGCCGUGACCCUUCUGGCGGCGGCCAUGCUGGUCGCCUUUUACAAACUCCGCAAGCGCCAUCAGCAGAGGAGUACGGUGGGGGCCGCCAGGACCGUGGAAAUCAUACAGGUGGACGAAGACAUUCCGGCCUCGGCGGGGGCAGCGCCCACCACCGCCACCACCGCCACCCCUUCGACCGCGUCCGGCCUGUCAGGUGAGGGGGCAGUUGCGCUGCCGGCUAUUCAUGACCACUACAACACUUACAAACCCUCCCAGGGGGCCCACUGGACAGAGAACUGUUUGGGGAACUCCCUGCACCCCACGGUCACGACCAUUGCCGAGCCGUAUAUAAUACAGACCCACCCCAAGGAGAAGGUGCAGGAAACGCAGAUCUGACUCCUUCCCCCCCCCUCCCCGCCAUUAUUAAAUAAAUGCAAUAGGAUGCACAACAGACAAAACCAACUUUCCUACCCAGUGGGAGGAGGGCAGUCCCUCCCCUGUCCCCCCCCCCCCUGUAUAUGCUUCUAUAUUAAGUCUUGGGCUGGAAGAAGCAGCAGAUUCUAUUAAAAUGUAAAGAAAAGCCUAUUUUCUAACUUGUUAGCUGUACUGGGAAGGAAGCGUAACUCCGAGUGGUCCCCCCCCCCUCCCUUCCCCAGGGACAGAGGCAUAGAUCCCCCCCCCCCUGGGGAGUUCCGGCAGCAUCAAACCUAUUUAAAGCAAAAACAUAAACAGCCUGGCUCCCAAAGACAGUGGCGGAGAAAACAGAAAAUUUCAGAACCAAGGAACGGUUUUGGGGGUGGGAGGGGGGAGGGGGGAGGCAGGGGGGGGGUGGGAGUUGUCCUUUUUAGAAGAUGUUACUUAGAAUGCAGUAAAAACAAACCGGUUUCUAUAGAGACGCUCUUUUCUUAAAGCCUUGGAAAAAAGCCGUCUCCAUAUUUGCAGUUAUCUUAUUUCAAAAAGAGAAAAAAGGGUGGGGGGAGGGUGGGGGAGGUGCACUGAGGGUUUGUACUGUGCCAAAUGUUACAAAUGCAAUAAAAAGGUCAUUUUUAUUUAUUUCGUUUUUUAAAGACAGUUACCGGAAGGGAAUUCAAUACUUGUAUCAAAUUGAAAAAAAACAAAAAUUAAACCAGCGAGAUUCAUUGCUCUGUCCUCUCUCAGUGAGGAUUUGGGGGGGGGAGGUAUUGGGGGGGGGUGUUUCUGAGCUGCCUGCUUGCUCUCCCUCUAGAAUAGGUGGAAGGAAGGACGAGGGGCUGCUGGGGGCCCAGGCCGGCCGCGGCUUCUCUCUCUCUCUCUCUCUCCCAAGCUCUGCGCCGCAUUCCUGCGGUCCUGUCCUCUGGGUUAACCCUCUCGGGGUGCAGGGCCUGGUGCAGCAGCCCCUUCUGGCUGGCAGAGGAGCAGGAGGACGCCCCCUCCCCACAGAGAGGCCAGGGAGGCCCGUCCGGUGGGUGGCCGCCCGCUGUAUGAUCCAGGCCCCCCCUCCUUCCCCCCCUGGGCCACUCCCCCCUCCCCCCUCCAGCUGCUGCCGCUCUGCCCCUCCCCUCCCUCUGAGGGCACAAGCCCUCUCUGUCUGCUCCCCCACAGGGUGGGCAAUUCGCCCGCCCCCGUCCCAUCACAUCCUCUGCUGGGGAGGGGCAGGCUCAGCCUCCAGGGCUAUGAAACCCCCCAUUGUCCUGUGCCUGGCUCUCUUGGGCCUGGGGGGGGGGAGGCGGGGAUCGGGGCCAUCCAUCAUCGGAGAGGGGAAGGCAGGCAGAGGGAGGGAGGGAGGGAGCGCUGGCCCCAGAGCCAGAAGAGCUGGAACUCAGAGACAACCGGGCGUUUGUAUUUUAAUGAAUAUUGUCGAGGUUUUUAAGGAUGCCCUGUCUCUAUAAAGAGUUGCCUCCAAUGCCAAGGGUGGGGGAAGGGUGAGGGCAGCUCCAGCCCCAAAAUUUUGGGACCCCGAAACUGCCUGGCUAGGCUGAAGGGCAGAGCCCCCCCCCAGGACAGGGCAAGCGAGCAGGGAGGGGCCCCCUCCUCCAGUACAGGUCAAGCCAAAGGUCAAGGAAGCCCCAGGGACUUAAGUCCCAAAUUGGCUACUUCUUAGCUAUUUCAAGUGCAGUGGCUGUGGGGGGGGGACCCAGGAGGGUAAGGAAGCCCCCUCCCCUCCCGAGAAGAAGCCCCCUCCCUCCAUGCAUCCAGAGAGAAGGUAGUCACACACACCUCCUCGGGACUUCCUGGAAAGGGGGCCUCGUGGCUGGCCUCCUGGUCUCUUGGGGGGGGGGUUUCCCCAUAGGAGCUAUCUCCAGCCUUUGAUCAGGACAGCCCCCCAAGGGGAGGGGGUCUUUGGAGGCCUUGGGCCCACAGGGCAGUGCCACAGGUGCCAGUCGAGAGGAAGAGGCCUCCAGCUGAGCUGGCUGGUCAGGAAGGAGGGGGGGAUAGGGCUGUUUCCCAGAGGGCCCAGAUCUUGGGGUGCAGUUCUCGUUGUGGCCAGAUGGCUGGCCCAGGAGAGAGAGUCCCCAGAAGGCCCAACUCUCCGGGGGGCCCACAUCUGCAGCGGCCUCUCCCCCCUGGCACGGCCCACCGGCUCUGCAGGGCUGGGGAGAAAUCCCACCCACCCACCCA